GAUACGAUUUUGACGAGCCUCAUAAAGAAACUGAGCUGGUCCUGCUGUUCUUAUCGCCAUCACAAAAUUAACAAUUAUAAAAUCCGGAGGAGGAGGAGGAGGAGGAUUUGAAGCAGAGAUCGGGAGAGUGUUGAAACCUCGUUCGCGAUAGAUCUCGCUUGGAUUCCUAGCUCUUGCUCCGGAUCGAGGUAUAUUCUGCAAUCUAAUGCUGGAUUCGGGUGGAGCCGCAGCGGCGGCGCCGGCGGAGUUCCCAGCUGGCCUCCGGGUGCUCCUCGUCGACGACGACCCCACCUGCCUCAUGAUCCUCGACCGGAUGCUCCGCAAGUGCCUCUACCACGUGACGACUUGCUCCCGGGCGGCGGCGGCGCUUAAAAUUCUACGCGAGAAGAAGGGGUGCUUCGAUUUGGUGCUCUCCGAUGUUUACAUGCCCGACAUGGACGGGUUCAAGUUGCUGGAGCACAUCGGGCUGGAGAUGGAUCUCCCCGUCAUCAUGAUGUCUUCGGAUGACCAUAAAGAUGUUGUCAUGAAAGGUGUCACCCAUGGUGCAUGUGACUAUAUCAUAAAGCCGGUUAGGAUGGAGUCGUUGAAGAAUAUAUGGCAGCAUGUGGUGAGGAAAAAGAGAAAUGGAUCGAAGGAGUUGGAAAACUCGGGGAGCCUCGAGGAUAAUGAUAGGCAGAGAGGGGGUGUGGAUGAAGGAGACAAUGCUUCCUCUGCGUGCGCAGGGAGUUGGAAGAGUGUGAAGAGGAAAAAGGAAGAAGUGAAGGAUGAUGAUGAGGAUGACGACGAUGAGGAGGCGUUGGAAGAGCAUGAAGACCCUUCGCAUUCCAAGAAACCCAGGGUUGUGUGGUCUGUUGAUCUCCACCAAAAAUUUGUGAAUGCUGUCAAUCAAUUGGGCGUCGACAAAGCUGUGCCAAAGAAAAUCCUUGAGUUGAUGAGUGUGGUCGGACUUACUAGGGAAAAUGUUGCAAGUCACUUGCAGAAAUAUCGCCUGUAUUUGAGGAGAGUAAGUAUGCCGCAACAUCAGGGAAGACUGGAUUCACAUUUUGCAAGCGGCCACGAUGCGUCAUAUGAUCCAGUGAGUUUGAUUGACGGAUUCGAUGUUCCAGGGCUUGCUGUUGUUUCUCAGAUUCCACCACAAGGACGAGCAGCAAUACAUCCAGGACCGAGAAGUAACAUGAAUGUCGGCAUCAGUGCAUCAUCUGUCAAUCAAUUCGGUCUCAUUGCCUCUGGUAUACAAAUUGCGAAUGCAUCCAACAUGGUUUCCUCAUCGGCGCAGCAAAUGAACAACAAACGGAUGAGCAAUCCCCAAACACCUUCGAACAACAUUCAAUUAAGUCAAUUUGGGCAGACACCCUCAGCUGUUCAACCAUAUGGAAGCAUGAAUCUACAGUUUGGCAAAGGAAUGCCAAACUUUCUUACAUCUUCAUCACAACCAUCGAGCUUCUCAUUACCCAGCGGCACAAUGAGCGGACAAAUGAAUGUGUCUUUAACCAUGCAUCAGGCUCAGCAUUUGCAUCAAUUUUCUCUCUCUCAGCAAAGGAGCAAUAUCAAUAUCCCACAUUCGAGCGGACAAGUAUUGAACAACAAUGCAAGUCAUAGUUCUAGACUCUCGUCUGCUUUGACACUGCAAACCUCUUCAAAUGAGAGUUCAAAUCAUAUUUUAGGACAGCUCCGUGUUAGUACGAGCAUCACAUCCUUGCCUGCCAACUACAUUAAGUCGCCAUUUAGUACAUCUCGUCGCGACCUUUAUGUCGAUGGACAGAGCAGCUUUGUGAAUGGAUUAUCUGGAAGUUCCUAUCCUUCUGCAAGUGGCGUUGGAGUUUCACAACAGACGGCAAGUUUCCAAUCGUUCAGUAGCAAUCACGACCUGAAAGGAAAAUUUGACAAUGUGACUGCUUUCAACACCAUCAGUGAACAUCAAAACAGGGGCCAUGAGUGGAAGCUGCAAAGAGUUAAUCUUCCAUACCAAACAGGUCAUAUCUUUGGCCUCGAGCAAAGCAAUCUACUGUCUCAUUCUUCGCUAAUGAGCCAUCACAAUUCAGCUGCUACUGCGACUAAUAGGGAUAACAACACCGGUGCUACAGUUAAAGACAAAAUAACAUCUCUAACAAAUGAUAUCAAUGUCGAGAAAAGAACAAGUGUUGCACAGCACAGAAACGUAUAUAUUGAUGAUAACUCAGUCAGAUUAAAUUAUGGAGUCAGUCCAGACAUGAGUUACCAAGAUGUGUAUCUCGAUGAUAUGCAAAAUGAACUCAUGAGUGUCGUUGCAAAACAGGUUACUUUUGAAUAUAUCUAUGAUGAUUACCUUGCAUAACUAUUUAGCAAUGAAACAAUGCAUGCCAUUUAGAUUAGAAGAAUUUUGAAUCUUGCUGUUUUUGCGAUCUCGUUGCAUUUAUCACAAGAACUUUUCUUUUUCAUGCAGGAUCCAUCCUGAUCAUGAAAGGAGUAUACUUUUGAGACACAAAUCCUCUUUUUUCUAGAGCAAUCGGCGAUAAGGAACUGGAAAUGAUGUUCUUAAGCUUAACUUCUCAGUGUAGUCGAUGGAGUUCCAAUUCCACCAACAAAUACAAAACUCUCAAAGCGGAUUCAAAUUGUUACACAAAGGCAAUAAGUUCUGGUUUCAAAAAAAAAGAAAGAAGAAAGAUUUCAGGAUCUUCUCUUCUGCAAAUCUAUCCACAGAGUGGUCUCAUUUGUACAGAUAUGAACUUAAUUUGCAUAGUUUCGAUUUUGUAUCAUUUUUAGCAUAUUCUAACAAGUUACUUUCUCAUUUAUGGAGCUUGGCUUUAUGAUUCUCCAAAGUCUCUUGCCUUGAAGGAAGAAACUUGAUCUUCUUUUUUAGUUCCAAUACUUGUGUACAGAUCUUGUUUCAUGGUCGAGAAUAUAGUUGUGAUUGUGUUUUGAUACAUUUUGUGUUAGACUCUUUAACUUUCUUCCAUUACUGCAAUGCCAUGUUUCUAAUGAAUUUAUCUCAAAUCUUGGAGUGGAGUUGAGAUACAGUUUCAUAGAGUGAAGAAGAAGUCUACCUACAUAGGGAAGAGCAACUGCGAAGAAGACCUAACUUGGUACUAUUUGCAAUCGAGGGCUUUGAGGGAAAUUUUAUUUUUGACCAAAUUUUUUGAGUUCCAAACAGAAGUGCAUAACUUUUUGCAAGUUUAUCACACACAAGAAGAUAUAAAUUACAAACCACUAAGAAAAGCAGUAGCAUAAUAUCUCACCUGGAAAGAAAGAAGAUGAUAAUGGAGAUAUGAUGUGGAGAAGAGAGCAGUGAGAGCCAAAAAUUUACAGCCUGCUCUUCUUGACCGGUCCCAUGGCUUUCGCCUUUGUCCUCAGUUCGUGCUUCUUGAUCUUCCCGGUGGCUGUCUUCGGCAGCUGCCCAAAGACGACAGACUUGGGGACCCAAUAUGCUGGCAUUUUUUGACGGCAGAACUUGAUGAUGUCCUCUGCCAAUGCCUGCUCGUUCGAUGAGUCAGUGCCGUUCUUCAAGGUUACAAAUGCACAAGGGGACUCCCCCCACUGUUCAUCCGGUCGAGCCACCACUGAGACCUCGAGUAUUGCAGGG